AUGUUUAAAGUCCUUUUUGUCAUUUGUCUAUACAUAUUGUCUAUUUACUUAUCUAACAAGUAUAUUCCAUCUUGUUCAUCCAUUUGUCUACUUAGUACAUCAUCAGUACGGGAAAUAGGAGAGUUAUUAAGACGAAUAGGGGAUGAAGAAAACGAGGAAAUAGAGAGAAGAAGAGAAAGAAUGAGAUUAGCACAAGAAUUAAAGGCUAUAGCAGAUGAACAAGAUGGUGAAAAAUAUCAAAGAAGAGGAAUAGAUGUGUUAAGAUCAAUUGGAGACGAAGAAAAUGAAAUGCAAGUGCGACGAAGACUAAGAGAAGCUCAAAUGCAGAGAGGAUUACAAUUAAUGCAGGUAUUAAGACAAACAGAUGAUAGACAAACACAACAAACAGAUAAUAGACAAACACAACAAACAGAUAAUAGACAAACACAACAAACAGAUAAUAGACAAGCACAAACACAACAAACAGAUGAUAGACAAACACAAACACAACAAAGAGAAAUAAGAGAAUUAGGAGACAUGGCGGCUUUACUAAGAAAAAUAGGAGAUGAGGAACAAGAGAGAGCGGAAAAUAAGAGACAAGUAGAACAAAAACCAAAAAACCAAAAAGUAGUGGAAAUGGAAAAUAUUUCAAAGUGUCCUAAAGAUAAGGAAAACGAAAUAUUACAAUCAAAAGAAGUGCAAAGUUUAUUAGGAAGAAUAGUAGCUAUAUUGAAGUCAGUAGGAAAUAAGUGUGAAUCAGUUGUUAAGGAAGCAUUACAAAGAGAAAAACAACCUAUCUUAAGUGAAAGUCAAGCUGAAGAAACCCGAGAUAUGCAAGCUGUAAAGGAACUUUCUAGUGGAAUAGAAGAUGAAGAAGAAAGAAAAAGAAACGAGGCAGCUAGAGAACUGGGAUCUCUGUUGAGAUGUUUAGGAGAUAAAUUACAAGAAGAGGUAGAGGGAACAGGAAAACAAAGAGGUGCAACAGAUUUAGUACCAAGAAGAUUAGAAUUUCAAGAAGAAACAAGGCGAAGUAGUGCAAUAGAAUUAGGAGAACUCCUAAGAGAAUUAGGAGAUGAAGAAGAAGAAAGGCUAAGAGAUAGGAAAGAAAGAAAGGACUAUAAGGAAAGAGAAAAAAAAAUUCAAGAAGUAGUAUCACUAUUGGAAAGAAUAGGAGAUGAAGUAGACAAAGAGGUCAGUUUAUAA